AUGGACGCUCUCCCUCCGUUUUAUCGAUCUGUGAUGACGGCUUGGUUUGCUCUGGAACGGAAGUUUGUUGACAAUGAAUACGUCAUUUGCGGUCCUCGGAAAUCUAUGGUCACGCUUGAACAGCUCUCGGCAAGUUUCGUCUAUGACACCCUGUCUCACCAACAAAACAAACAAAAUGGCGGAAAGGUAUUUUGAACACAAAUGUGAAAUGAAAUUGCCCUUGAAGAACUAGAUGAAAAUACAAACAAAAGCACCAAAUUUUGCUUGAACAAAAGAACUAAAUGAAAAUACGAACAGAAGUACCAAAUUUUGGUUGAAACUCUGGCCAGUGGCGUAGCCAGAACGAUAAUUGGGGGGGCCCAUAUUCAUAUAUAAAUCAAUUGUUUUUAUGGUAUGUGAACACGAAUAUAUGAAUAUGGGUCCCCCCAAUUAUCGUUCUGGCUACGCCACUGAGUCUGACAGGACUGGGCUUUGGCGAGAGAAUAUGAUAUUGACGGAGAAGUAUACAAUUUUGUCAUAUGCUAAUAAUAAACAAGUAAUCAUGCAAUGUUGCUCGUACAAUUAGGGAUUAAGUAUUGUUAUUGUAUGUUUGGAAAUUUGCCAAAUUGGACUCGCCCCGGCGGCUCGUCCAAUUUUGGCAAAAUUUCCAAACAUACAAUAACAAUACUUAAUCCCUAAUUGUACUCGCCAUCGCAUGAUUACCUAUACUAACUAUUCACGCAAACUUACAUUUUUUCCUAAAAAAUCAGCCUUUUGCAUGCUUAAUUAACUCAUUUGCCUAAUUUGCUUAUGUCAGCAAUAUGCAAAUUAGGUUAAUGCAUUAAUUAAGCAUGCGAAAGGCUGAUUUUUUAGGAAAAAAUGAAUAGUUAAAGGGCUUAAACUACAGCAAAUUAUCUGAAAUUUUGUACAGUAAUUAAAAACCCAACAAAGUUUCCAUCCAUUAACACAAAAUACUGUUUUGUGAAAUUGAGAGCAAUUUCAAAUCUGUUCAAUUUUUUUAUACACCCUGUAUAAUUAUACUCUUGUGAUAUAGGCUACAUUUCAUUGAAUCUGAUUUUUAAAUUAACUAUGCCAAUUUAUGGGUUAUUUUAACCAGGUCCGGAUGUGGUUAAUCAUUUUACUAUGUCUAUGAUAUCUCUUUGUUCUAGUUCAAUGUAUCCAUACUGUCAGUUCUCACUUCAAGAAACACAAGCUUGGUUGCGAUGAAAAGUGCCCACAACCAUGCGAGUAAGCUCGCCCUGUGAAACUUAUAGCGAAAUAAUUUAUUUAAUUGAAGUUCUGCAGUGAACCUGCCGGAACAGACAGAACAAAGAAUUAAAGAGGUGUCUGUUUUAUAAAGGUCAUCAUGAUGAUGUCAUUUUUAAAACUGCAGUGACAGUUUCGUAGGUCAUUAAAAAUUGAUUAACAUAGCGUAUGAGGCAUACUAGGUUACUUAAUUUCUAUCGUACUACGUACACUACUGCUACAUUGUACAUCUCAAGGAGAGGUUUGGAUGUCAAUCAUGUCAUUCAAUUGAGUUUUUUUCAGUUGAGUGUUUUCAUGCAGUUCGGAUGAAAUCCUUUAUGUAUAGCUAUAUAUUUACUCAAGUAAUAAUAAUUAAUUAUUUGAUGCAAUAUAUAUAGCUAUUAACACAAUAUGUUAUUUUUAUAUAGACAGCAGAGUUUUCUCAACAACAUCAUGACAGCUACUUUGACAUCAAAAGAAAAGGUAUGCUGGCAGCUGUUAAAUAUUGCAUGCAUGCAUGUGCAUGGUAAAAGAGUUAGUAAUCUACAGUUAAUUCCUGCUUAUUAUUGCCGGCACCAUGACAGGUAACCUUUCCCUUCCUCUCAUUGUUCAGCUGUCCCUUCUUUAAGUUUCUUGUAUGAAUUUACAAUUCUUAAAUAUGUCUUUUCUACUCGUUUUUAUCUAAAGCAUCAUUAUUCUUAUACGUUCUGUUGUGAGCAACUAUCUUGCGUAAGAAGAUAUCACGUCUGUUAUUAAAAUCUACAUUAAGCCAUAUCGUUUUCUUUUCUUCAUUAAUUACUGGCGUUCUCGAUCGUGCAUGUAUCGUCUUGUUAAUUUCAUAAUCUUGUUAAUUCCACCACUCCGUGGAUAUUUUCCCUCUUACAAUUUCCAUUCACUCUGCCUCAGCUGAUUCAGUUCUAUCAUCCAUUCUAUAAUUAAAUAUCAAUCAAAGCAAUCUGAUUCUUUCUUCCUUCAAAUUUCACUCCAGCUCCACUAACCUUCUUGUUAGUAAGAUGUUCUCAGAGUGAUAUUCCUUGUAUCUGUCGUAACAUUCUGUUCUCUCUAAAGUUCUGUUCCUCCCUCCUCAGUUCCCCGUUUAAACUUGAUACAGCACCAAUAAACCACUUUCACUCUUCCAUGUCAAUGCUGUGCAUGUGUCUCCCAAAUAUUUCCUAACUUGGUUAGGUCGUGUUUCAUGUCCGUCUAGUAUAACUAUACUUCUAUUAGGAAUUUUAUCCUCUAUAUUAUUGAUUUUCUCCAUCGCCUCCUCUCAUGCCAUUGAUCUUUGCAGCUCCUCUUAAUUCCGUAGAUUGACUUUUAUAUCAUCUGCCGAGAGCAUGCAGGUAUCAAAUCAAAGGUAUUUACCUCACCGAAGUUCAAAUGCACUAUGUAAUGCGUGUUUUUUCGCAGGAACUCAGGAAAAAGAAAAGUUUCGGAGACAAUAAUGAGACAGAUUUUGUGUUUGAGUAAGUAUUAAGUCUAUUUUCUGCGUGUUAUAGCUUAUUAACUUUUUUGCAUAACUCAUUUUUUGGCAUUUUCAGAAAACAUAAAAAACCUCAAAACUUCUUAUUACGGAAUACACAACAGAGCAUCUGUUUAGCUAAAUUAUUUAGGCACAUAUUGAGGAGUUACAUCAUGCUUUGGAAACUUGGCCAAAAACCGUAAAUUUGUCAAAAAAUGACUUGGGCAAAAAAGUUAAUAUAAAAGAUGAUAUUUAUUUUCACACCUUACCUGCAUAUAACAAUAUUAACUUCACUUAUACUUGUCUUUCAAUACCAGUGACAACAUUCUUCGGGUGAAAAUAUUUUAUCACGAAUUCAAUCUGCAGAAAAUCGUCCAGUCUACGUACUAUGAUGUAAGUUUACAUACUAUGAUCUAAAUCGUGAAUUUUCCAUUUUUUUAAAAACUGUAUUGAGCUACCUUUAGCAUUUAUUAGACCCAACCAGGUGGAUGGGAGGAAAAUGUGUGGUUUGUGGUGGGGUUCAUUUCUGUUAUAUGAUUGGGUAGAGAAACAUCCCUUUUGGUUGUAACAUAUUCUUCAUCCAUUUUUAGAUAGAAACUCUUAUUGGUGAUAUCGGGGGACAACUUGGACUGUGGAUUGGUGUUUCUAUAAUAUCUGUCGCUGAAUUUGGUGAACUGUUGAUCAAUCUUUGUAUUGUGGCCGCACGGAAAUAUCACGACAGAAGAAAGAGUAAAACUGCUGUUAUUGAAUUGCAAUAA